ACCAGAAAUGAGCUCUCACGUGUAUUUGUGUACAGCAGUUUGAGUAAAAAAAUAAGCCUGCUGUUAAUGCAACUAUGACAGUUAUAAACUUUAAAGAUGGGAAGGUUGAUGCGAUUCUAAAUUAUUUCACCUUGGAUGAUAAUGUAUCCUCUGAUGUGAAAGACACGCUGAACAGUUUCUUGCUGAAACUCACAGAAAAUGUCAGGUGUACAGGGAAACGGAGCAGGGAGCGGUCACUGGAGGAGGCAUUACAGAUCGUGCUGAAGAUCCCAAAAGAAGAACUUCUUUCCUUACCGACUGCUGCUCUUCAUCAACUUGUUCAGCUGCUGUUGGCUUUGCAGAUUGAGGCAGUCACAACUUCAUCCGUGUGCCACAAAUUAGACCAGAUGGUGCAAGUCUUGGUCGAAAUAAACCGGUCUGUUGUCUUUGAGGAGGUUCAACAAUGUCUUCACAACUUAUUGCACCAAGAACAGGUGUUAUCACUGCAAGACCUUCAGAUAGCUUGUAUGUUCAUGGAGGACAGCAGUGUUGGACGAGAGGUCUUGAAGGAAGAAUGCAAGACCCUUCUUAGUCAAGUUGCUAAAAUGAUUCCUGUUGUUAUGUCAGAUGAGGCGGCCCAGAAUGGGCUGCUGUGUUACCAGACUGUCAAGCUGUGUUUGCAGGUAUUCCAGCUACUCCCUGGCCAGGUGGCACCACUGGUCUGCAGUAAAGAUGGUGUAAAUACGAGUGUGAGAGAUAUUUUGGAAUUCCUGAUGAAUGUCAUCUUAGGAGAGAUUUCCAGCAGAGACAUACGGUUGUUGUCGGGCACUGCGGUUGCUAUGGUGAUUACCGCAGUGACGGAUGCUCAGUGUGCUCAAUCAGCUGCCUGGUGUCUACUGCAGAUCACCAACAGAGAACCAUGGAGAUUGACAGUAGGUGAGCUACAGGUGGUUUGUCGCCCCAGAGACCAGGACGGGGUGGACAGGCUUGCCAUAUCCAGGGGACUUUUAACUUGCUGCAGAAAGAAUGUUCUUGUCAGUCGCCAUGGCAACCAAGGAACAUGUUUUCUUUUGGAUGGCUUAUUUCCUCUCAUCUAUGCGCUGUGUGAAGAAAAGCUUGACUGCCAUUACUAUGUUUUUCAAGUAUUUACCAUAUGGCUGAAAAGGGUUAAAGAGUGUCUCAGAGAAAUUUGGGACGUUACUGGUGCUCCUUUGAAUUCCGACCUUCAACAGCAACUUACACAAAUCAUCUGGAGCAAUGCAGAGAGUCCGUUGGAUGGCCUUGCAGAAUUGGCACACAGUGCUUUCUGUCUCUUUAUGGAGAUCUAUGAAAAGGAUUGUCAACAUUUUGGGAAUACUGAGAAAAGAUUUUAUGAAGAGUUACUGCACAGGAUAGCAGAACUGCCCUGGCAGUCAAAAGCGAAGUAUUCACCACUAAGUGCAAUUCUGCCAUACACGGGCACAGACAAGGUUUUGAAACUGUAUCCUGCCCUUCCCUCUCACAUCCUAAAAUGCCUCUCUACCAACCACCUCUCUCCAUGUGCCUCUGAAGUCUACAAAUGCCUCCUCCAGGAACAAAAACGCGAGCUUGUUAUUAAUGCGUCCCAGAAAGCCCCGCCCACCGAUCAAGACCUAGCCAACCAGUGGGCUCACCGAUGGCAACCAAAAGUUCUGGAGGCUUUGACUUCGGAAGUGACUCUGCUUCAAAAUAAUGCCUCUUGCCACCUUCUGCCUUCAACGUUACGCACCUAUCCGGGUGCUUUCAACACUCUUCUGUUAGCUCUGGAUCCCACAGUUCCCGGUCACCUUUACACAUGGGCUUGUAUCAUGAGCGCCCAACGAUCCAUUAGUGGACAUUCUCUCUGGGGUAUGAACAGUACAGAUGCCCUGAAGACCCUCCGUCUUGCACUCUCCUCUCUGGAUGACAGCGUCCGCCUGGCAGCCCUGAAUCUUCUGUGCUGCAGCCCAAAGACUAAAGAAGCCCCAUCACAAGUGGAGUACUCUGCUCUGAGAGACUUUAUACCGCUGAAUCUCAACAGCGAAUCAUCGCCGUUCCGCCAGCAUCUUCAAGCAGCGCUGAGGAAAUUCCUGGUGAGAAUAAGAGAGAGCUGUAUGGCAAGCAUCAAAGGUCAUAAACGUAAAACGGGACUUUGUAAGGAAGAGGAGGCGGAGCUUAAGCAAGGAAUCGAUUUUGUUGGCUGGUUAGCUCAGCUGGCAUUGGUCUUUUUGACUCCUGACAGCAGCUAUCAGAGGAAAAAGACGGUUUUGCUCCUGUUGUCCGCUGUGCUGGACACGUGUUCUGACACCUGGAGUCCGGAUAGAAAAAAGGGACAACCACCUGCUACUAUGUCUACUCUGAUCAACUGGGCAAAAGAAAGAGGAAAGUGGAAUUUCUUCUCCAAGUCAAACAUGCUGGUCUUGAUUGGCUGUUUAGAGGAUUCAACCAAUGAGAUCCGUGAGCUGUCUGCAGAGCUGCUGCUUCGUUUUUUCCCCCCCUCUCUACCUGAUGACAUCACUGCUGUGCUGUUCAGCCGGGCAGAGCGACUCCUCCAGAGCCCGCGGGUCCAAGAGGCCCAGAUGGGUGCACUGAUGUUCAAACUACUGCUGCAGAAGGCGGAUGGGGUUUCUGAACAGGGAGAGAAGCAGUCCAUCAGGCUGAUCCCAUUUCUUUUGAAUAAACUGGAGCAUCAUUUCUUCACCGCCAAGAGUGACAUGCUGCAAGCUGCUCGCACAACACCCAUUCAUGGCAUUGUAAAUGCUCUCCAGAGGGGUUUGAUGGAAGUACCAGGAGUCCUGGGGGAGUCACUUAACCACAGUGUUGCAGUUGACGUUGUGUGUUUGCUAGAGAAGAUCACUCUACUGCUACUGGGUGUCCUGUAUGGAGACCAGGACACUGAGGAGAAAGAGGUGCCUCCAUCGUUCUGUGACAUGGGAAAUGCAAUCAGUUCUCUGAUUGGCCAGCAUGGCGUUGAGGGGGCGAGACUUGAUGAAGACACAGAUGAGAACGUGUUGCUGUCUGAGGAACACAGUCUGGUGCUGACCUGCUGCUGGGUCUCUUUAAAGGAAAUAGGGAUUUUUCUGGGGUUCCUGGUGGAAAGAAUCCAGUCAUUGCCGUGGCGGCUGACUGUUGAAGAACUUAAAAGGGCUUCUAAACUGUUUAAAGACAUCAUCUUGAAAUGUAGACACUGGGGGGCAGUAGAGGGCUGCUGUAUCGGCUUCACUAAAUUCUGCAGGACUCUCCUGAGCAGCUCUAAUCCUGAAGUUAGAGAGAUCCCAGCCCUUAUAUUACAGCAGGGUCUGUUUGUUCUCCAAUUGCCCCGUAGUACAUCAGUGACCCGGCGGGCUGCCGGACUGCCCAUGCUUAUUUUAGGCAUCUUGGCUGCUGAGGACUCCAGCAAAUCUCGCCCCCUAUUGGCCCACACUAUUAAUACACUAUUGGACAUAGCCAGAGAACCACUGCCCCAGGACUGGGACCAAACUCUCGACUUACCGCAGGUGUGUGCUGGUCACAUCCUACAGGCACUGGUCAAAGGUUCAAGCCUGAGCGUGGCUGUUCUGCAACACACCCCUGCGGUGACCAUUCUGUCCCUUACCCUCCUAAGCUCACCAUGCUGGGCCAUGAGAAACGCAGCCCUGCAGCUUUACAGUUCUCUCUGCACCAGAAUGUUGGGUCAGCAGCCGGCCGGUGAAGAAGGGUCCACACAUUCCGGCAUGUCUUCCCCUUCCUUUUUUAAUCUUUACACAGCCCUACAGCCCUUCCUCCAGGAGGCGCUAGAGAGCGCAGCAAAAGACCUGCUGGACUCUAAAGUUCUCCUGCACCCUUCCCUCUACCCUGUGCUCACUCUGCUUGCCAAACUACAGCCGGGUGCAGAGGAACAGACACGUGCUCUGUCAGAAUUCCUGCCUCCGUUAUUCCUGCUAGCUGCCAGCCCAGUCUAUGGCGUGCGAGUGAUGUCAUCCAGGGCUCUUGUUGCCAUGAUACCCCCAUCCCAAUGUCUGGCGACUGUCCUGGAGUUGGUGGAAAAGCUCCCUGAAACACCGGACGUUUCCUGCUGUCACAACAGACUACAUGGACAACUCCUACAGAUAAAAACCAUUCUGACAAGAGCACUGAAAACCAACAUACAGUCAUCUCUCAGUGAGGUUGUGGAAAGGUUCGAGUCCAGACUGUGGUUGGCAUCGUCAAGUCAACGGUGCCUGCUGGUGCGUCUGGCAUAUGUGGAUGUCGUGGAGCUGUUGAGAGGCCAUUGCUCUGGUGCUUUCCUGACCCACCUGUCAUCUGUACUGCUACAGGAGAUUCACAGGACUCCAAACAUACUAGAGGUUGGCUUUGCUUCAUUUCAACAAAGUGCAGUGAACUUCCUAUGUGAGGAUCCUGAGUGGGCGUGUCAGGUGUGGCAGAAUCUGUCCACUGGCAGUACAGUUGUGAGGCUCUCAUUGGUCAAGAGGGCAGCAGAGGGGUGUGGCUGGAGAGGGACUGUUUUACAACAGGUUAUGCUGAGAGCGCUGCAGGUCAACCUGAAGGAGGCGCUGUUGCACCAGAAUGUUGAGUACAGAGGAGCAUUCUUGACAGCAUUAGUGGAGGUUAUAAACCUAGAAGAAGACAGUCUUGGCCCGUCUCAUCCCUCUUCGCCAGGAUUUGAUGAGGCGUGUCUGCAGGGCUGUGUGGAGGAUCUGUUUGAUGAUCUGGAGAUGAGUCGAGGAGGUCCUGGGUUCAUCUCAACGGCUCUUUGUGCAGUUAGUCUGCUCCUCUACCAGAGCAUAGACUUGUGUUUGCUUGAGCGCUGGUGUAAAUUAUUAGAAAAGCACAGAUGCCCUGAAGCUCCUGAGGCCCUCAGAUCAGCCUGUGCUCGGUCUCUAUGUCUAUGCGCCGUCUCCGUGGUGACCAGAAGCCUGACGGGAAGCCCUUUAUUUAAAGAGAUCAGUAUCAGGUUGAUCAGCACAGGCGUCUAUUUGCUUCAAGAUGAGAGUCCAGAGGUGAGAGCAAAGGCAGCCAUGUUUGCCUCCCUGCUCUUCUCUUCACGCCAGCGUGAUGCUCCACAAAGAUGUUUCUACAUGCAGGUGAACCAGGCUCUGCUCUCCCUUCUGAACCUGCUCUUGGAGGAAUUCUGGGAUACCAGGGGUGCUUUGGAUGCAUUGGUGUGCCACCUACCUGACUGUGAUCUGAAUGUCAUACUACAGGAGGUUAAAGAGACAGUGUGCCGCCUGUAUGAGCGAGAUGAAGCCAACGUGUUUGCAGAGCCAUCUGUGAUGUCAGAGUGCCUGCUCCCCUAUCUGUUACGUUUGGCUAAACGUUACCCAGAAUCCUCCACUCUUGCAGAGGACCUCGAGAUCUGGGCUCGAAACAAUGUGUCCACUGUCAGAGAGAAUCUCCCGAUUUGUUUGAAAUUUCAAUUAGGUGAUGUACUGAAUCCUGAUUGGCUGAGUUUGCUGACAGAGCCCCGUUUCCGUGCCGCUCUUUCCGGCCUGUUCACCAGGGCAAUUGUUCUGCUACAGCUGCUCAAGGAGUGUGAUAACAUACGACCUUUGCUUGACCCUAUGAGCUUAUCUACAGACCUUCAGAACAUUUAUGGACGGUUUAUACACAAUGGAGUCUUAUUUUCUCAAGCCUUCAUUGAUGCACUAAAUUUAACUCAACUGUCUUUAAAAGAGCGAGGCUUCUUUAAGAACAGUUAACAGAAAAUCUUUGUUGAUCUGAAGAAGAUGCUUUAAUGGAGCGGAAACUGUUAGAAAACUGAAUUGAAAACCGUUACGCAAAACUGAAGAAAUGCAGAAGAAUCCUUGCUUUUCUUCGAGUCAAUAUAAAUUGUCCAAUCCAGAUAAUUCUCUUAGACAGCAGCUUUUAAAAUGCAGUACGUGUAAAUCUGAAGGGGUAUAAGAUUUUCAUUGUUUGUGAAUGGAUGGUGAUUUCUGAAAUACAGCAGACGGAGACAAACCAGACGGACGGCUGCAGCACAGACACUCAGUGAACAUGUUUGCAUAUGUGCAAGCAUGUUCAUGUGCGUAUGUUUGUUGGUGUUAGGCUGCGCCCACUAAGUCCCCUGGGCGUGAGACUGGAACAUUUAUUUUUAGUCAAAAUAAUCCAUGCAGAACAUUUCACGUCUUUUUGUAGGCCUGUCUGUUUUAAACCAAGUGACCUCAAGUGCAAUUGAAGCUUGUGUGUUUAAUAAACACUAUUUCAACCGUUUUUAGAUCCAAAACGACAUUUGGCAAUCUGUCCUCUGCUUUUUUGAUCGAGUUGUUUUGGUUAACGUGCUCUAAAUGCUUGUUGCUUUUUUAUAGAGCCCAAACCAUUGGCCCAGUGUUUCCAUAUUUAACAGAACCUUUCACAUAAUCCUUCACAUUUUCUUUGGCUUUUUCUUUCUUAUUCCUUCACUCCUCUCUUCUUAUCCGUCUCCUCAUCUUUUUGCACAAGCCACUUCUCAUGUUUCCGCUGUUGCAGUGGUAAAUGCAUCAAACAGUGAUGUAAUGGCUUUUGCGGCAACUGUAGAAUCAGCCUGAUGUAACAGCAGGGGAAUACUUUUGGUUUUAUGCUACAUUAGAGGUUUCUCUCCCAAGUCAAGUGUCCAUUUUCUGUCCUCAGCGUUAGGCUAGUGAUGAUUCAUGGCUUGGAUGUGUGCUCAUGUGUUGCCGUGCAACACCCCCGUGUAUCACAGGACACACGGUUAAGACACAGCUGCGUAUCCCAGUUGCCAUAAGCACAGCAGAUGGUCUCAGUUCACAGCAAACACGAAAAAUCACUCACGCUUAUAUAACAUUAUUUUGUGUACUGUAGGUCUUUUUAAAUGUUAAAAUGUUGUAAAUGAAACUAUGCAACAAAAUUUAUCCAUUUAUUCAUGAAAAUUGUUAUACAGAAAGUUGUUUCAGUGAAAAAUUGGGAGAAAAUGGGCUUCCGUAGUUGUUUUAUUAUUUAUAAAGCAGUAUUUUUAUAUUUAAGCAUUUUCAAAACUUUCAACAGGUUUAAAAAUGCUAUUUCUGAUUCUGAAUGCGUGUUUUAUAGGAGACAUCUGUAUGGAAGCGAUUUUGUGCUGAAUGGAGCAACCUGCUUGUCCUGUUUUUUUCUACUCGUAUGUUGUCAAAUCCAUAUUUUACUUCUUGUUUACCUCAAGGGGAGAACUAGUGUCGACAGAAGAAUUGUCUAAUUAGUCUGCUGAUGUUUUAAAGACCUGUUUUUCUUCAUAACUAUUGUCUCAUGUAAUAAAGGACAUCUCUUUAUCAUAUUGAUUUAGAUAAGAUUAUUUAUGAAUAUAGUUUAUCAAAAUAGUUGUAGGAAUAGCCUACAUACAGUAUCACUAUGUUAUCAUUUUUACCCUCAUGUUAUUUAAAAUUUGUAUGGCUUGCUUUCUUGUGGAGCACAAAAGAUGUAAGGCAGAAUAUUAGUCACUUAUCGGUUUAGUGCCACUUACUUUCAUAAUAGGGAUUCACAAGCAGCACUUACAUUAUUAUCUACAUGUUCAAAAACUUUCUAAAUGUAAAUGUUGACAGAAUUUGUAUUCGAGUUUAAGUGAUUUCUUAAGAAAAGAAGUCAAACUGGUCAUUCAACUUUUUUGUUGAACAUAACUGGGUGUGAAACCUGCAACAACAUAAUAGAUGACAUGCACACGGAUAGUUCACCCAAAUAUAAACAUUCUGUCAUCAUUUACUCACCCUCGAGUUGUUCCAAACCUGUAUAAAUGUUUUUCUGAUGAACGCAGUGACACAUAUUUGGAAGAAUGCUUGUAACCAAACAGUUCUUGCCCACAAUUGACCACCAUAUAGGAAAAAGUACAAUGGUUGUCAAAAGUGCCCCAGAACUGUUUGCUUUGUGACAUUCUUCAAAAUAUCUUUUGCAGUUUUGCAGCAAGUUUGCCAGUAACGUGCUGUAGAUUUAAUUUACAAUUUUGU